AUGACAGGCAUCGCGGAGGCGACAGGAACAGGAGCCCGCCGUGAUGGGAUCUCAGCCGAAGAGGUUAAGAGUGUCUUCGAGAGGUUCGGUAAGGUCCGAGAUGUCUACAUCCCCACAGACUACCACACCAAGAGGCCGAAGCCUUUCGCUUUCAUCGAGUUCUUGAAUGGAGACGAUGCGAGAGAUGCCAAGGACGAGCUCGACAACCGAGAGAUCUGCGGCAGGAAGGUCUCUGUGCUCUAUGCUCAACGCGGUCGCACUACUCCCGACCAGAUGAGAGCACGCGAUUCCUCCGAUCGCUCGCCUGGCAGGAGCAGGCGCUCGCGAUCCCGCGACAGGCCUCGACUAGAGACAGGUCGCCCCCCGAAAGAAGCUCGCGGGACAGGUCCCCGAGGCACUAGACGUGGCUCGUGA